AUGGCGGAAAUGCAAAAUGCAAACCCCACAAUCCUCAACACGACCGAUCUACCAACUCGCCAGAGAAAAUCAUCCACGGCCAAAAAUGCACUGGUGGCGGGACAGGAAUAUUAUGAGGGGACGGUGUUCUACAAAGACCUCGCGCUCCCCGAAUUGACGGACCCAUUCGCUCUUCGUUCGUCGUAUAGUAGCAGUGAAUCCGAGAGUGAUGAUAAUGAUAAUGAUGAGAAUAUCUACGAGGAGCCGAUUGAUGAGCAGGAGAUAUAUGACCUCGUCUCAACAAUCUCCGACCCUGAACACCCUAUAUCCCUCGGCUCCCUCGCCGUCGUCUCUUUACCUGAUAUCUCCAUCUCACCUUCACUACCAGCAAACCCAUCCUCGCCCCUCCGCACCGUCACGGUCCUCAUCACACCCACAAUCACACACUGCAGUUUAGCAACUGUGAUCGGACUCGGUGUUCGAGUGCGGCUCGAACAAUCCCUACCCCCCAGAUUUAGGGUUGAUGUGCGAAUCAAGGAAGGUACGCAUAGUACGGCGGAGGAAGUGAAUAAGCAGCUUGCGGAUAAGGAGAGGGUUGCGGCGGCGUUGGAGAAUGGGACGCUUAUGGGGGUGAUUGGGAAGAUGUUGGAGACUUGUGCUUGA